AUGUCCCAAGCCCCGAAGAACCCGGUGACCAGAUCACAGAAAGCAGGAGAGGCCGACCCCAGCAGCGGGGCCCCCGCAGCCCCCGCCACGGCCUCAGCCGUCCCGGCCCCAAGCGCGGGAGAACCCACCGCAACCACGUCCAAGUCGAAGGACACAAACCCAGGCGAGCCAGCCCACUCCGCGAAAGCACCCAGCAAGAGCAACGUUCCCAAGGAACCCAAAUCUAAAACCGCAAAGUCCGCGGUAAUCAACGUGGACGCGAGCCCAGCUCAAAAGUCAUCCUUGACUGAUACGAUCCCACCCACCCUGCUUAGCGCAGUGGGCCCAGACUACAUCAAAAGCCUCGGCUCUAAAUCAGUUGAGUCCCUGAAUAAACCAAUUGCGGUAAAAAACCCGCUCGCCGGAAACGGACCAGCCCCAGAACUCCACCCGCCCUCGGGCGCGUCGGAAGAGUGCAAGAUGAUCGGCAUCAAGGCGAUCGAAGCCGAACUGGCAGGCGAGACAGCAACGGCAAAUGCGCUGUUCAACCUUUAUAAGGCGAUGUCGACCCCCAAGGCCAAUGCCCACCUGGCAAACCCGGUCAACUGCCCUAACCCAGGCUCCGGCGGAGGCGGCGGGCAAGAGCGCCACGAAAGGAAGUCGGGAUACAAGGGCUUGAAUUUCGACCCAAACUACGUUGACAAAAGAGCCGGGAACUCAUCCAACCAAGACCGCGGAGCAUCCAACAACAACGGAACCGAAGGCUCCAACCACAAGAAGGGCAGCCAAGGUGCAAAGCCUAGUGUAGAAUCAGCCCAGUAG